GCGGCCGGAGCUGGAGUGGGAGGAGGGGAGGAACCUGAUCCUCCGGUAGCGAAGGGCUGGAGGCAAACACCGAGCUCCCCCAGAGCCGCCCGGGAGCAGGGAGGGCUCCGCUACCCCGCUACCCCGAGGGGCCCUCCCCGCGGGGCCGAGGAAUUCAAUGUCCAGACUGUCUGAGCCGUGCUUUGGGGUCACCUAAGCACCCAUCCUCCUGACUCUUCGCAGGCUAUUGGACUUGUAACUCACUCCAUUCUUGAGAACAUGGGAAUUGGAAUAAGGAAUAUUUUAGUGGAUAAACCAAAUGACCAAUCUUCAAGAUGGUCUUCAGAAAGCAACUAUCCUCCCCAGUAUUUGAUUCUGAAGCUUGAAAGACCUGCUAUCGUUCAGAAUAUCACAUUUGGAAAAUAUGAAAAAACGCAUGUCUGUAAUUUGAAGAAAUUUAAAGUCUUUGGUGGAAUGAAUGAAGAGAAUAUGACAGAGCUGUUGUCCAGUGGCUUAAAGAAUGAUUAUAACAAAGAAACAUUCACCUUGAAGCAUAAAAUUGAUGAACAGAUGUUCCCUUGUCGCUUCAUUAAAAUAGUUCCACUCUUGUCCUGGGGGCCCAGCUUUAACUUCAGCAUCUGGUAUGUUGAACUUAGUGGUAUUGAUGAUCCUGAUGUAGUGCAACCCUGUCUCAACUGGUAUAGCAAGUACCGUGAACAGGAAGCUAUUCGCCUUUGCCUGAAACACUUCAGACAGCACAACUAUACAGAGGCUUUUGAAUCACUGCAAAAGAAAACCAAGAUUGCACUGGAACAUCCUAUGUUAACAGAUCUGCAUGACAAACUGGUGUUGAAGGGUGAUUUUGAUGCUUGUGAAGAGCUGAUUGAAAAAGCUGUAAAUGAUGGCUUGUUCAAUCAGUAUAUCAGUCAACAGGAAUAUAAGCCACGAUGGAGUCAGAUCAUUCCCAAAAGCACCAAAGGUGAUGGAGAAGAUAACCGACCAGGAAUGAGAGGGGGUCAUCAGAUGGUUAUUGAUGUUCAAACAGAAACUGUUUAUUUAUUUGGUGGCUGGGAUGGAACACAAGAUCUUGCUGACUUCUGGGCGUACAGUGUGAAGGAGAACCAGUGGACAUGUAUCUCUAGAGACACUGAGAAAGAGAAUGGUCCUAGUGCCAGAUCAUGUCAUAAAAUGUGCAUUGACAUUCAGCGGAGGCAAAUCUACACAUUGGGACGUUAUUUGGAUUCCUCUGUGAGGAACAGCAAAUCUCUGAAAAGUGACUUCUAUCGUUAUGACAUUGACACAAACACGUGGAUGUUAUUAAGUGAAGAUACUGCUGCUGAUGGAGGGCCGAAACUGGUGUUUGAUCAUCAGAUGUGUAUGGACUCAGAAAAACAUAUGAUCUACACCUUUGGUGGUAGAAUUUUGACAUGUAAUGGCAGCGUAGAUGACAGCAGAGCCAGUGAACCACAAUUCAGUGGGUUGUUUGCUUUCAACUGUCAAUGUCAAACCUGGAAACUUCUUCGAGAGGACUCCUGUAAUGCUGGACCUGAGGACAUCCAGUCCCGGAUAGGACACUGCAUGCUAUUUCACUCAAAAAAUCGUUGUUUGUAUGUGUUUGGAGGCCAGCGAUCAAAGACCUAUUUAAAUGAUUUUUUUAGUUAUGAUGUGGACUCUGAUCAUGUAGACAUAAUAUCAGAUGGCACCAAGAAAGACUCUGGGAUGGUUCCAAUGACAGGAUUUACACAGAGAGCAACUAUUGAUCCAGAACUGAAUGAAAUACAUGUCUUAUCUGGACUCAGCAAAGACAAGGAAAAAAGGGAAGAGAAUGUCAGAAAUUCAUUCUGGAUUUAUGACAUUGUGAGGAAUAGUUGGUCUUGUGUCUAUAAGAAUGAUCAGGCUGCAAAGGAUAAUCCAAGUAAAAGUCUGCAGGAAGAAGAACCAUGUCCAAGAUUCGCCCACCAGCUUGUUUAUGAUGAGUUACACAAGGUUCAUUAUUUAUUUGGUGGAAAUCCAGGAAAAUCUUGCUCUCCAAAGAUGAGACUUGAUGACUUCUGGUCACUGAAGUUGUGUAGACCUUCAAAAGAUUACUUAUUGAGGCACUGCAAGUAUCUCAUAAGAAAACACAGGUUUGAAGAAAAGGCCCAAAUGGACCCCCUUAGUGCUCUGAAAUAUUUACAAAAUGAUCUUUAUAUAACUGUAGAUCAUUCAGAUCCAGAAGAGACAAAAGAGUUUCAGCUCUUAGCUUCAGCUCUAUUCAAAUCUGGUUCUGAUUUUACAGCUCUAGGCUUUUCGGAUGUGGAUCACACCUAUGCUCAAAGAACUCAGCUCUUUGACACCUUAGUAAAUUUCUUUCCUGACAGCAUGACUCCUCCUAAAGGCAACCUGGUAGACCUCAUCACGCUGUAACUGAAGAGUCGCCGAGCACAGAUACAGAAAAUGAGAGUCUGCUUUCAGUGUUUUGGAUUGCAACUCUGUUGACUGAGGUGAAGCUGCAGUGAUUAAGGACUGUGCCGGAGUUUAAAGGGAUCUUUACCAUCACAAGUUUUAACCCUCUUCCUUCAUACUUGACCUCAACCCCAUUCUCCUCAUCUUAUUCCUGAAUUAGGCUAAUAAAGUGAAAUUGGUAUACUUUCCAUUUAAAUAUACAUAUUUUUCUUUAACUUUUAAGAAUAAUGAAUAUUAAAAAAAUUAGGCAGUUUACCCUUUUCAGAUUUUUAUUUCAUUUUUUUUUUAAAUUGGGGGAACAGCAUAUUAACAGAUUCAGUGCUACAAGAAUUUUGGGUUUUGUUGUUGGAUUAUUUGGUCUUUAUUUCCUCUUUCUCCUCUUUCCCUUCACUUUACCUCACAUAGUACAACUGCUUGUAAGUGGUGUCACUAGUUGACCUCUUCAUUCGUAACAGGUAUAUAGUUCUGUAGAACAGUUGAUGUAUGUUAAGGUGAUAUAUGUGUCUAUGUUGACUUGUCUCGUAUUACAUUAAACAGUAGACAGGAUAGAGAGCUCCAAUUUGCACUUCUUGCCAUAGAACUAAAAAGUGAAACCCAACAUUGACCCAGGUUCUCUACCAGAGAUUGGUAUAUAAUAUUUCUAUAAUGAUAUAUUUUAUAGUAGAUAUUAUAGUAGCGUUUGGCUUUAAGUCACAGAAACCUGAAACAGAAGAGUAUAAAUGAAAAACUUUAAGAGCCAUUCUAAAAAUGACCAGCAAGAGAGAUCCAGUGGUAAUUAAUGUGUUCAUUGAUACCUUUUUAGCAAUUUUAAAAGAAAAAGCUCUUUCCUCUGGUGGAGCUGUGCAGAACCAGGACUCUCAUUUCUCCUUUUUGCUAUCU